AUGGUAAAGGUUAUGGAAUUUUCUGUCGUGUUCUUUACAAGACAAUACAUGACUAAUACGACGAAAGGUGAAGGAUCUGGUCAAUUCUCACAUUCAUAUGAUCUAAAGCCUGAAGAAAUUCUUUUACCAUUAAUUGAAAAUGGUCUAAUUAUUGGUGGCAAUUUCAUUAAAAAUGGACGUGUUCCGAAUACCGGCUUGCAAUAUGCAUCUUUUUGUAAACAACUUCCAUCAGUGAUUAACGACAAUCCUCGAAUAAAAAAGAGUUUUGAAGAUUUAGGUUUGAAUAUGGAAAAAUAUCAAGCAACAUUUGAACAUCAACGAUUGCCAUUAGGCAUGAUUUUCACUGAUGAUGCUAUUAAUUUCAUGAAAGAACAUGGCGAAUUUGUUCAAUAUUACCAUAACUAUUACAAAAAAGACAUCAUUUUUAAUUCUUUUCGUCAAAUGGUUGAUCAACGAGUUCAAUCUGGAGAGAUCGUGCAACUUGAAGAUAAACCCGUUUCAAACGAUGAUGUUCUUGUCAUGUAUUAUCAAAAAGGAAAUAUUUCUACUGAUGGCAUUUUUACAUUGAGCGGUAAAUAUUCUAAAAGAUCUGAUUUAACAACAUCUAUGAAUACACCAUCAUCUCAUACGAAAACAAAUCAAGAAACAGGUCUUCAGUCUUCAGUGAAUAAUUUAACAGAUACACAAAUUCAAACUUGUGAUCAAGAUGUCAUUGAAAUGAAUUAUCAACUAUGUGGUAUUGCUGCUGCCAAUAAUCAAACAGAAAAAGAACAAGAUACUUCAUCUGAUUUAGACUUAAGCAAAAGUACUGAUUCCAGUAUGCCAUUAUUACCACCAAAUGAAACAACCUCGUCUUCUCAUUGUGGGAUUACAUAUGAAUUAUCAUUGAAAGCUACACUUAUUUUAGAUUCAAGUAGCAAUGAUUUGAUUGAUGAAACUGAACAUAGUCAAAUGGAUUGUUCUGAGUUAUUAUUAAAAUCGAUUUCAUCUCCAAAACAACUGUUCGAUGAUGAUGUACUUCUUCGUGAACUUGAACCUGCUGAUAAUAUUCAACAAUUAGAUAUAAAUAUGGUAACAGAUGAAUGUUCUUCAACUAUUGAACCAACAUUUUCACAUCAUAAUAUAUUAACAGAUCUUCCAAGUAAUGUUGAAAUACCUUCAGCAGGCAAGUUCUUGGAUAAUCAAACUUCUUCGAUCAAUAGAAAACGAGGUCGUCCACGUUCGGCACGUUCAACAUCACAAAAAUGGUCAUCAGAAGAAGUCAACAAUCUUAUUCUUAAUCCUAAAUCUUCAACUAUUUGGAAAUCAAUCAUUAUCAAGCGUCAGUUUGUUGUUGGUACAUCAACCGACAUGUUUCGAAUGUUACCAUCCAGUUUAUUUGAUGGAGAAUGUCGAUUAAAACUCAUUGAUUUCCUCGUAUACAAAAAAAUACUGGUGAAAGGUGAUUGGUUUCGAAAUGCAAAAGGAUCUCCUAUUGCCGGUUAUGUCAAAAGUAGUCCAGCUAAUCCUUUCGUUGCUUUGGGUCUAGCAGAGUUUGGCAUUGAUAUUGAAGAAUAUAAAAUUUCUUUGAAUCCAAAUCCACCUGAUAAACGUCAGAUUGAUGCAAAAUCGGUUAAUCAAUCUUACUUAUUCAAUGAUUUAUUAGUGAAAUAUUUUGAAAACGACGAAUGGUUUAAAGAUAAUAUUACAAUUAAUAAGAAGUACAUGUAUAUUACAAAUGAAUUAUUGAAAACCAUAUCGAAUCGUGAAAUUGAUCAGUUUCAAGAGCAACAAAAGGAGGAAGUACGAAAAUCAGUAACACAUAAAAGAAAAGAAAUCGAAGAUCUUCAAAAAGAAAAUUCCACCAUAUAUGAGACUGAUUUACCUGCUAAACGAAGACGUAAACCAAGGAUAAUCAUCGAUUAA